AUGGUGUCAAACCUCCCUCGGCCGCCUCAUCUUCUGAUCCAGAGCCUGCACAGCAAAAGGAGGCUCUGCGAUGGGAUCGUUUCGGCCGCCUCAUCUCUAGAGCCUGUACAGCAAAAGGAGUCUCCACCACCAGGGCAGCAGCAUUCGCCGGCGUCGUGGGUGGAGCGCUGGCUCCCCGCGGCGGGGAGGCCCUACGCGUUGCUUGCCCGUCUCGACAAGCCCGACGCCAUCUGGCUCUACGCAUGGCCUUGCUUCUGGUCAAUUGCAAUAGCAGCGAACAAAGCGGAGCUCCCAGACAUGAAAAUGCUGGCACUCUUUGGAUUUGGCUCGGUUAUCUUGAGGGGUGCUGCUUGCACGGUUAAUGAUCUUCUCGAUCGAGACAUCGAUAAGAAGGUUGAGCGGACAAAAAGCAGGCCUCUUGCAUCAGGUGCUCUAACCCCUGCUCAAGGAUUUUACUUCCUUGUAUUUCAGGUUCUACUAUGGCUCGGUUUUCUUCUUCAACUGAACAACCGUAGCCUUAUUAUGGGAGCUUCUUGGCUUGUUCUGUUUUUCUCUUAUCCCCUGAUGAAGAGGCUCAUACACUGGCCUCAAGCCUUUCUUGGCUUCACCGUCAGCUGUGGCGUUUUCCUAGGAUCGGCUGCUAUUAAAGAAAGCUUAGAUUAUGCAGUCCUCCUUCCAAUGUAUUUUGCUGGCAUAUGUUGGACACUGGUAUAUGACACAAUAUACGCACAUCAGGACAAAAAGGAUGACUUCAAAGCAGGAGUUAAGAGCACAGCCAUAACUUUUGGAGAUAAUACCAAGUACUGGCUUAGUGGCUUUGGUGUUGCAUGCAUUAGCAGCUUAGCACUCACCGGCUACAAUGCUCACCUUGCCUGGCCCUACUACCCUUUUCUGGCAGCUGCAGCUGGACAUUUAGCAUGGCAGGUUUCAACUGUUGACUUGUCCAACAAAUCAGAUUGCCACAGGAAGUUCGUGGCAAAUAAGUGGUUUGGAGCAUUUUCGUUUGGUGGAAUUUUAUGUGGAAUACUUGCAUCAUGAUAAAAGGAGAUCAUUUAAUCAAACUGCUAAUGGUGUGUGGAUCGUUCUGGUACUUCAGUUGCAAAACUAAGUUGGCAAGGUGGAGAUCAGCUUGUAAUUAAGCGGAUAUACACUUCUACCCACAACUCAGAAAUGCUGAAACCUUUCCUGCAUAGAAAGCCAAAAACCAUAAACAUAUUUGGAGUGCAUGUUCUUUGUUCAAUUGGAAUAAAUCACAUGCCAUUGAACAAUUAAUAUUCUCUUGGUAUUGAUUUAUUGGAAUUGAACAUGCAUUUCAAAUAUAUUUAUGAGGGUGUGUCCAACUGCUUGAACCAGUAAUACAUAGCUUUAAGGAUGUAGAUGUCACAGAAAGACGAUAUUAAAGUUAGCUUCUCCAAUUGUUAGAUAUAUAGUUUUAUCUCUAUAAGUAUCUCUUACUGUUAUAAUACUUGCAUAUGUAUUGAGAACAUGGUGAUAAUUGCCUCGUCUCCAGCUAUAAUAAUAAGUAUAGCUUUUCAA